AUGGCCUCGUCGGACUCGUCUGCGCCCGUUCAGCGCGCCCGCUUUGGCUUGGGCAAGAUCGGACUCGUUUUCGCUUGCGGAACUGCCCUCUUCUCGGACGGCUAUGUUAACGCCUCAUCCGGUACUGUCAACACGAUCCUCAAGCGGUUGUAUCCGACGGAGUACGGCAAGAACAACCAUGGCACGCUCUUCAGCUCGAUGGUCUUCGUCGGUACGGUGCUUGGACAAUUGUCGUUCGGCUACCUCGUCGACCGUUACGGAAGGAAAUUUGGUAUGCUCGCUGCGUCCGCCAUCAUGAUUGUCGGCUCGGCCCUCUGUGCUGGGGCAUACGGUGCCGGAGGAUCGAUCACGGGCAUGCUUCAGGCUCUCAUCGCCUGGCGUUUCUUGACCGGAGUCGGUAUUGGCGCGGAGUACCCUGCCGGAAGUGUCGCCUGCUCGGAGUCGACGGAGAACCCCGGCGUCAAGGGCCGCAUCCAGCACAUGCUCUUCGUCUUGGCCACCAACUGCAUGAUCGACGUUGGCUUCGUCGUCGCUAGCUUCGUCCCGCUCGUCCUCCUCUGGAUCUGCGGCGACAAUCACCUCCGCCUCGUUUGGCGUCUCACCUUCGGCCUCGGCAUCGUCCCCGCCGCCCUCGUCCUCCUCUGGCGCCUCCGCAUGCCGAGCGAGCCCGUCCGCUACCGUGAGAGCGCCAUCAAGCGCAACGUCCCGUACGGGCUCGUCUUCAGGCGUUACUGGAAGGAGUUUAUCGGUAUCAGUCUCUGCUGGUUCCUUUACGACUUCAUCACCUACCCCUUCGGUCUUUUCUCGUCCGUCAUCGUCGACACAGUCACCGGCGGAUCCGACAAGCUCACUACUGUCUUCGCCUGGAACAUCGUCAUCAACGCCUUCUACGUCCCUGGAUGCUUCUUCGGAGCGCUUACUGUCGACUGGAUCGGCCCCAAGAAGCAGCUCAUGCUCUUCUUGAUGCUCCAAGCCAUCGUAGGGUUCGCUAUGAGCGGCACAUACGAGAAGUUGACCCAGCACAUCGCCGGCUUUGCUGUGCUCUACGGCAUCUUCCUCUCGUUCGGCGAAGCCGGUCCAGGGGACUGCUUAGGCCUAUUGGCCAGCAAGCUUUUCCCGACAGCGGUCAGGGGCAAGAUGUACGGUCUUGCUGCUGCCAUCGGCAAGAUUGGCGCAUUCUGCGGUACCUGGGCUUUCCCUGCCUUGAUCAACGACUUCCCUGAGGGACCCAAGCAGACGUCGGGACCUUUUUGGGUUGGGAGCGGCUUGGCCGUGCUUUCCGCACUUAUUGCGCUCGUCCUCAUCCCCGAAGCCAAGAUGAACGGCAUGACGCUCAUGGAUGCCGAGUUCAAGCAGUACCUCGCCGACCACGGCUACGACAUCAGCCAGAUGGGCACGUCCGACGCCGGCUCGAUUCAGGAGCGCGACUCGUUGGAGGACGAGAAGAAGGCGCCGGCUGUCUGA